AUGAUUCACUCCAGUGGGCGGAAAAUUCUCGGACCCAUGGACCUGCAUGACUGCCUUGAGAAGACACCUCGGUCGGGUUCUCACGCGUUGGGAUGUGCCCAUCCGUACCUGGUCGACCCGGUCGAUCCCGGUGUCGACAGGGGAAUCGUCGGUCGGGAGACUGGAGUUCUUGAUUGGGAUAAGGAGUGUUGUCCUCCUGGGAUUGUGGCCAGCAGAUUCCCACGAUCAUCUCUGCUGUCUCCAUUCAUAGAGCAUUUGGUUCCCACUCUCCCUCUUAUAAGGUUCCCAGAAGGAAUUUUCCGCGGGGUCACCCGUCGUAGCACUUUCGGCACCACUCGAGUGUCUGCUGCCGAUUCGCAAUGGACAUUUGGCGAGUUGGCGACGCAUGCGGAAGGAAGGGGUCAGUUCCCAGGUAGCUUUGGAGGCGCGGGAGGUGGAAGCAGCGGGACCGGUGGAGGCGGAGGGGGCGGAAGCGGUGGUCCGGGGACCCCGUCGGGGGGCGAGGAGGGUGUUUGGUCCCAGCCGGACCUGCCCUCGUACAACGACGCCGGGGCCGGGCCCCUGUCGCAGUCGGCUGCUUCGCCGGUUUAUUACGCGCAGCAGGGUUUGUUGAAGACCGAGCCGGGAACCGAGGGAGGGCUCGACGGAGGAGGGGCCCUGAGCGAGCUGGGACCCUUGCCCCGGUUCGCACCCAGCGGCGGCGGGUCGCACGCGGCCCCGGUCGACCUGUCCUCGGCGACCCCUCCGCCGGGAGGGCACCGGACGCCCACGGGGGCGGACUUCGACGUCCAGGCGAGGCGGGCGGAUCCGUUCAGGAGCUUGACGCCGAAUCAGAACGGUCCGCUUAACGUGUCCAUCGGCUUGCACGAUUCUCCCGAUGGGAGUUCCCCUUUGAUCCCCGGUUCCCUGACUCCACCGGACAAGCUUUCCGGGGACGGGAGCGUGAGCCACUUGGGCGGGAGCGGACCGCACCAUCAGCAUCCUCACCACCACCACCACCCGCUGAACCAUCACCACCCUCACCACCACCCGCACCACCACCCCCAUCCGCACCCGCAUCACCUGAUGGGCCUGGGCGGCCCGCCUUCCUCCGUGGCACCGUUGAGCAUCUCCACCGGAUUCAUGCCCCACAUGCAGACUCCUCCUUCGCCCCUCCCCACGCCGUCGCCGCCGGUGCCCCUCGACCGAUACGGUCACAAGGACCAGCGGUUGACCCGGGAGGCGAUGCGGAAGUACCUGAAGGAAAGGGGCGACAUGGUGAUCAUGAUCAUCCACGCGAAGGUGGCCCAGAAGUCGUACGGGAACGAGAAGCGGUUCUUCUGCCCCCCGCCGUGCAUCUACCUGCUGGGGGACGGGUGGCGGCGGAAGAGGGAGCAGAUGCAGAGGGAUGGAGAGACGGAGCAGGGGUCGCAGAUCUGUGCCUUCAUUGGGAUCGGGAACUCGGAUCAGGACAUGCAGCAGCUGGAUCUCAACGGCAAGCACUACUGUGCGGCUAAGACGCUGUUCAUCUCGGAUUCGGACAAGCGGAAACACUUCAUGCUCUCGGUGAAGAUGUUCUACGGAUGCGGGACCGACAUCGGACUUUUCCACAGUCGUCGCAUCAAGGUCAUCUCCAAGCCCUCAAAGAAGAAACAGAGCCUCAAGAAUGCCGAUCUGUGUAUUGCAAGCGGUACAAAGGUGGCCCUAUUCAACCGGUUACGAUCUCAGACGGUGAGCACCCGGUAUCUGCACGUGGAGAAUGGGAACUUUCAUGCCAGUUCCACACAGUGGGGAGCCUUCACCAUCCACCUUUUGGACGACAACGAGUCCGAAUCGGAAGAGUUCACCGUCCGGGACGGCUACAUACACUACGGCACGACCGUGAAGCUCGUGUGCAGCGUGACCGGGAUGGCCCUACCCCGUCUCGUCAUCCGCAAGGUGGACAAGCAGAUGGCCCUCCUGGAUGCCGACGACCCCGUGUCCCAGCUCCACAAGUGCGCCUUCUACAUGAAGGACACCGAACGCAUGUACCUCUGCCUUUCUCAGGAGCGCAUCAUUCAGUUCCAGGCCACUCCAUGUCCCAAAGAGCCCAACAAGGAAAUGAUCAAUGAUGGAGCAUCGUGGACCAUCAUCAGCACAGACAAAGCAGAGUAUAUGUUCUACGAAGGAAUGGGCCCCGUCCGUGCGCCCGUCACUCCCGUCCCCGUCGUCCACACCCUGCAGCUGAACGGUGGAGGAGACGUGGCAAUGCUGGAGCUAUCUGGGGAGAAUUUCACUCCCUCUCUCAAGGUGUGGUUUGGGGAUGUGGAAGCAGAGACCAUGUACAGGUGUCAAGAGAGUCUCCUCUGCGUCGUCCCUGAUAUCUCAGCCUUCCGUGGUGGCUGGCAAUGGGUCAGGCAGCCCACUCAGGUGCCAGUGUCACUGGUUCGAAGUGAUGGAAUCAUCUAUGCAACGGGGCUAACAUUCACGUACACUCCAGAGCCAGGUCCCCGUAUCCACUGCCCCGGGGCAGACGACAUCCUCCGACCCCACCUGAACCAUUACGACGCACCCCCACCUCUGGGAUACGACCCACCGCCUCCACCGCUCCCACCGCCACCCCCGCACAUGUAGCAACCAUGCAAGAACAUUUCCCUUGAUGGUGCUACCAUGGCUGCGAGGGCUUUCCACUGUGAUCUGCUCAUACAUGGACCUCCAGAUCUCCCUCCCAUUAAGUACUUAUCCAGUACUUGUUUAUUGUGAAGAGAGCAAUAAUCGUGUGGGCUCGUGAUAGCGUCCGGCAACUAAGAUGAAAAGUGUAUAGAGCCGGCUUCACUGCGAGAUUCCCGUCUUUCCUGUUCUUGAAGCGAUGCAUUCCUCUUGUGCAUCUAUUCGUUGAUUCUUCAUCUCUUCUGUCGUUACACACCAGUGAGACAUCCAAGGGAAACACCUAAGUUUGCUCAAGCAGUUCCUGACUCGGCAUCACGAGUUCUUUGUUUUCUGCUUUCCCCUGUUGCUAUUUAUUUUUUGUUUCCUCCCUCCUCUGUCUGUAGUAGAGUUGUGUGCUUUCUCUUGUUAUUCUCUUGUGAUGUUUGGUAUUGUACAUGAAGGAAUCCCUAGACACUUGAAAUGAUGACAUGGUAACAGAAUAUUUUUCAGAAUUAUAUGCUGGUUUUGAGGACACA